CGUCAAUUUGGCGCAUGCGGAGUAGUAUCGUGACACUUGUAAACACGUGUUUCUGUUUGUUUAUUUGCAACUUGGUACGUUUUGUGUGCUUGCAAUAAAAAAGUACGAAGGUUUAGGUGUUUUUAUGUGGUACGAAAGAAUAGGAGUGUCUCCGUGAGUUUAUCGAGCUAUAUAAAUCGUUUCCGAGUCUAUGGAAAGUAAAGAGUAAGGAAUACAGUGAUCGAAAUGCAAAAAAUCAAUCCUACGAAAUUUUAAUAGAAAAACUGCAGACCCAGGUUAGGUUAAACCCAGAGAAAAAAAUUAAUUCGCUACGUACCACAUACAGGAAGGAACUAAAAAAAGUGCUGGACUCCGAGCGAUCAGGUGCAGGAGAAGAGGACAUCUACUUACCCCACUUAUGGUACUAUGAUAUGAUGAAUUUUAUAAGGGAUCAGGAAACUCCCAGAAAUACAAAAUCGAAUUUUGAAGAUAUUCAGGUUUCUGACAACGAAUCAAUAACUCUUGAGUCGGCACAAUCUCCCGAUGUAUCUUUAGCACCCACGCCAUGUUCAUCUACAAGUACAUCACAAAUAUCUUCCAAGCAAUCUCAAGCAUCCCGAAGAGGCAUUGACAAAUGCGAUGAAGUGCUGGAAGUGAUUAGAAAACGUUUAACCAGCCGACAGUUAAUACUGAUAAAUUUAGUGAUAUUGGAGAAGCAUGGACAUCAAAAUUAAGAGACCUUCCUCCACAACAAGCUAUCCAUGCUGAAAAAUUAAUCGACGAUGUGUUCUAUGAGGCUGAAUUAGGAUAUUUAAAUCGAAUUUGUUUUUUGUAUAUCCAGCAAGCUCCAAGAAACCAACAGGUGCCACACAAUGCUCAACGGUCAUAUAACAUUCCAUCUACUUACAACAGUUACCCCAACAUCAACGCUCAACCCCCAUUCAACUCUUAGCCCUCAUCUAAUACGGAAACUGCUGCGCAG